GGAUUGACGAGCCGCUCGCUAGCAGGUAGGAACGCCGGAACGCUUAUUUUACCUGCAAAGGAGUUACUUUUCGAAGAGAAUAGUUCAUUCACUGAACCCUGCUGAGUCUUGUGUUGGGAUCUAAUGGUGGAAGGCCAAACUUAAAUGGAUUAAUCUUGGCUGCCCCGCACAGGACGUCCUCUGCGCCAAGUCCGAUCACCUGGCUGGACGAGGUCCAGGAAUUUGCUUCCAGGCACGGCGGAAGGAAGUCUCAGGAUCUGUGUUAACAACCAUGCAACACUGGAGGCUAGUGUGGCAACAGCAGGAUUUACAAAAAGCCACGCUUGUGGCGCUGGCUUGAAGUUAUUUUUGGUCAAGUGUCAUCGGAUUUUUUUUUACUCGACACGGAGGCGCAAAUGAUCCAUGGUCUUGUUCCCCGCAACGGUAAAGCCUUGCAGGAUAUUGAGGUCAUCGGUCAAGGAGUCAUUUGGACCCAAAUCGAAGAUGGGGAGAGACAUCAGUCAUCUGGGCCUGGAGUGUUUGCCCACAAAGCUCCUAGGUGGCCUUGCCUUACACUUGCUAGUCCUCUGCUACAUCCUGUCUUCCUCUGAAGCUUCAGCCAGCUUUCUAGGCACAGAGCACGACUACGGCACCAGCCCCAAAUUCGUAUGCGUUCCCAUCCCCCCGGAAGCGGACCCUAGCUGCUACUCCCCACCCGCCGCGCCCCACGGGCCCAGCACUAACGGCCACGGUUACAACGGCAGCAACCGCAAAAUCGUUAUAUCGGACGAAGCCAAAGCCACGAUCCUGCACCUCCGCGAGAGCCUGGUCAGGCAGAAGGAGACCAUCUUGGACCAGCGAGAGACCAUCAGGGAGCUCACUGCCAAGCUCACCUUGUGCGAGGGCUUCGGCGGUCACCACAGCAACGGUCACAGCAACGGUAAUCAUGGCAGCCACCACAGUGACCAUCACGACGACCAUCAUGGCGACCAUCACGACAACCACAUCGGCUAUCACGGCAGCGAUCACCAUUUCUCCCACGGUAGCCACAGGUCCGACCCUCAUCACCGGGAGUCAUAUGGCAAACACGACUCCUUCUCGCCGGAACAGGCCAGAAAGACCGUGCAGACCUUGAAGGAACGUCUUGAAAACCUGCAGGCAAGGAACUCUUCCAGCUCCUACUCCAGCUCUUUAAGAGAACUCCUCCAACGCAAGAUCAGCGCUUUAGAGGAGCAGCUGCACAGCUAUUACAGGGACCACCACGACGAUCACCACGACGACCACCACGAUGACCACCACGACGAUCACCAUGAUGACCACCACCGUGACAACCACCAUGACGAUCAUCACGAUGACCACCAUCGUGACAACCACCACGACGACCACCACCGUGACAACCACCACAACACUUACCACGGGAGCCGUCAUUACAACCACCGCACUCGCCAUCACAAUCCUUUCUAUGGCCACCACGACUGGCACAGCAGCGGCCGCCAUUCCAGCCACUACAACAACCAUCGCGACGACCACCAUGACAAUCACCACUAUGAUCAUCAUAAUGACCACCACAACGACCACCACGACGGCCACCAUGACGACCAUCACGACGACCAUCACGACGACCAUCACGACGACCAUCAUGACGACCAUCACGAUGAUCACCACGAUGACCACCACGACAAUCAUGACCUCCCUCGCCGCCUUCCUUUCAGCAGCAAGGAGACCAGUGCGCGCAACGGCGGACACGGCAAACUGGAAACUGUCCUCAGCCAGCUACACCAUAGCCGCUCUGAACACGGAGGCCACAAGAAACUGAAGAGCCCCAACGCCUUCCUGCUGGACUUCCCCAUGCGGACCAACUACAUGUACGCCAAGAUGAAGCGCUCCCUGACGACCGAGCUCUUCGCCCUGACCCUCUGCCUGCGGCUGAAAAGGGGUGCCGGUGCCGGCCCGGGGGUGGGGACGCCCUUCUCCUACGCCGUACCGGGCCAGGCCAACGAGCUGGUGCUCAUCCAGUGGGGCGCCAACCCCAUGGAGCUGCUGGUCAAUGACAAGGCGGUGACGCUGCCCGUCACGAUGAGCGACAGGAAGUGGCACCAUUUGUGCGUGACGUGGGCCACGCGUGACGGCGUGUGGGAGGUGUACCAGGACGGGGCCAGGAAAGGAUCGGGUCAAAACCUAGCACCGUGGCACGCCAUCCAACCGGGAGGGAUGUUUCUUCUUGGGCAAGAGCAGGACACAAUGGGAGGCCGCUUUGACGUGACGCAGUCGUUCACGGGCGAACUAUCGGACGUGCAGGUGUGGUCUCGAGUGCUGACGGCGUCCGAGAUCUACGAGCAGGCGUCGUGCGGGGCUCACUCAUCGGGCGACGUGGCAUCCUGGGAGCCGGAAGCCGUGGAGCUGCACGGCGGCCUGUCCGAAUUCCCCUUCGACCCGUGCCACUGAACAUUACAACCCAACUCGCGGGGACUUUAUGGAACGGCCUGUCAAAAGAGCGGAUGCCGGCGCACGUAAUUGGAUGAGCCCGUUGCGUAAGCGGCACGUGAGGUGAGCGGUCCGCGCGAACCCUACCUCAACGUGUCAGCUCGCUAAUGGGCGCCGCCCCCUCGGCCGCCCGUUGCUUAGCGCCGCUGCUCAUGAUCCCGUCUAAUUCUCGGCUUGUUAGCGCACGCACACUCGCGCGCACCUUUUGGCGCCCGGGCAACUCAGGUGAAAGAUUAUACGCUGAUCUGCUAACUGGUUUUAGUUGCACUUUAAACUUUUUGCCCCAACAAAGUAAAGCACUUUGCACCAGGGGCUUCAUUUUAAACCCUUGCUAUUGGCGUCAAGGUACUAUUUUUGUCAUUAUGAGCUCCUCUACACAAUAUAAAAAAAAUACAAAUAAAAAAAAAUGCAAAGGUUUGGACAGCUUAGCGACAAUGACCAGCUGUAAAUAUUUCUAUUUUUUUAUUAUAACGCCAAGUGAUGCUUAUAUAAGGGCAAACAACAGAUGUAUGUAUUAAUAUGUAUUCAUAAUAUUCCUGUUUUUGCUACUCGCCUUUGAUGCACAUUUGAUAGUCAUUCUCUUUGUGUCUUUUCUGUAAAUAUAAUCAUUUCUUUUUGAUGACAUAAGACAGUGAGUUCAGUCCAGAGUCGCAGAGCCAAAACUUUUAACUUGCAAAAUGUCAAAGUUAAACAUUGAAGACAUUUGAAAUAAAGUUGUACUUAAAUUUGCCUUUUUUACACGCUGCUUCUCCUGAGUACUAAACGCGGUACUAUCAUGCGGCACUAGAGGGAGUGCUCAAUGUUGAUGUAUAGUUAUGGAAUGGCAUUUCAACAAGGCGCAAAGAGACACAAAAUACAUCAAAACGGAGUUCCUGUAGUCAGCAAAAAGUCUGGCAAUUACAAUCGAAAUUCACUGAAGAUCACGACGGGAAAUGAGGAGGCUCCAUUGCAGGUCAGUAGAAGAAAUACA